GCACAUUAAUGAUGCGCCUCUACAGGGGUCUUUUCUGCUCAUGUCACCACAUAAAACUAUCAGAUGGUUAGAGGAAGGACAUGGAGGCAGCUGCUUAGCUCACCUAUGAAGGAAGAGGACAGGGGAUCUCGUCCAUUCAGCUGACUCGGAAAGAAGCUUGCUUAAGUAAAGAUCACAACUCUUCCAAGAGGCAGACUUGUUCUUAUAGGACGUCUUACUGGACCUUCGGCAGCCAAAACCUCCGCGUUCCCGCACACAAACAACGGAUGGUAUACCGUCGUCCUCCAACUUUCAACGCGUCGAAACUUGGACAGACAACAUUCGGUAACUGUUCCUUUUCCAACCCAUCAAUAUUUUAGGAUCUUUCGGCGGUUAGAAAAUUCAUUUUUACUUUAAGACCAGAAUUCCUUCAUUUUAAGUAAGUACAGUAGAUAAUUUAAAAGGAUGCCUCGACCGGGGAGAAACACCUAUAGCGACCAGAAACCACCCUAUUCGUAUAUCUCACUCACGGCGAUGGCAAUUCAAAGUUGCCCAGAGAAGAUGCUUCCACUUAGUGAAAUUUAUAAGUUUAUUAUGGAUCGUUUUCCAUAUUACCGAGAAAACACCCAGCGAUGGCAAAACUCUCUACGGCACAAUCUCUCUUUUAAUGACUGUUUUAUCAAAAUCCCUCGCCGCCCAGAUCAGCCGGGCAAGGGGAGUUUCUGGGCGCUUCAUCCAAACUGCGGCGACAUGUUUGAAAACGGAAGUUUCCUUAGACGCCGCAAACGUUUCAAGGUGAUGACAUCAGAUCAGCUGGCACCGAGCAAGCCCUCGGAUGCUGCUCACUAUCUACAGCAGCAUGCCAAGUUGCGGCUCAGCGCCCUAGCAGCGACGAGCACACAUCUCCCGCAGAUGUCCAGCUACAAUUUGGGAGUGUCACAGCCGUCCACGUUCAAGCAUCCCUUUGCAAUCGAGAACAUCAUUGCCCGAGAGUACAAGGUGCCCGGGGGACUGGCGUUCUCCACCAUGCAGUCCAUGUCUGCUGGCUAUCCUCUGCACAACCAGCUGACCAACGCCUGGCCGCAUAUGUACAGCACCAGUGUGAUCGACACCGCGGCCCCAAUUUCAAUGGCGAGCAGUGAUUACAGUGCCUACGGCGUGCCCAUCAAGUCUCUCUGCCAUGGGGGACAGACCUUGCCGGCUAUCCCAGUGCCAAUUAAACCAACCCCAGCAUCGGUGCCUGGCCUCUCGGCGCUGCCUCACCACAUCCCUGCGUUCCUGUCGAACUCUCCACAGUCGUUGAGCCCUACGUCUCCGCAGACAGCUACCAGUCAGAGCAGCCCUGCUGCCCCAAGCGAGACUCUGACAAACCCGUCCACGCUGCAGUCGGUCGCUGUGCACUGACAUGGGCAAAGUUGUCGGAAUUUUAUGCGAACUAGGCCUGUGGGUCAACACCUUCUCCAAAGUCGAGUUUUAAUUCUAGCCCUUGAAAACGUUUGCCGCAAAAUUACCGCUACAAUCAAGGCAAGAAGCGAUGUGUUGCAGUGAUGUUAAUUUAUGUGUACGUGUUUCCCAGUUUUGUGUGUUGCUUUAAAUAGUAUUCGUCUGUUCAUGCGGACUGAGCAUAGGUCUAUUUUAUUGUUGUUAUUGUUUUUCAAGAACAGCAUAGCCGAGGGGUUUAACCUACACUACAUUACCAGUAUUUGCUCUUUUAGGCCUCCUCGACGGCUGCUGGCGAAACAAAACAAAAAGUCCGAAGCACGGUCUUCUGUUCGUUUUAAUGUCACAAAAUGAGUCCUAGCAAAGUCACUGGUAAAAACAUACCUACAUGUUUGAUUUUACAGUGUGAAGUUCAGUCAACUGAUUGGAAAACCUUGCAUACUAAAGUUAUUUAGACCUUUAGAUCUUUCUGAACUGUUCAGUUUAUGCAGACAACCUGAUCAACCUACACGUUAUUUCCCGAAAUUAUACUACUGAGAGCAACAACAAAAGUAACCACAAAAAUAUUUUCUGUCUGCAUACCAAAUACGUGGUCUCUUGAUCUGCAAUGUAUGCUACGAUAUCAAACUUGAAAAAUAAAUUUACAGGUAAAGUAAUAAAAGACGAAGUAAAUAUGUUAAUAAUUGCAAAUAAGUGAUAUAAAAUUGUGUAAAAUGCACUUUUUAGUUUAGAUGAUCUCUAUUUUACAGGAGAUGUUUUGUGAAGCAUUUAAUUUAAAGCCGUGGUGACCAUGUGUAUUAAAUGCCGUAAAUUUGUACUUUUUUGUUCAGAUAUAAAGCAUGCCUUUUCGAGACUUUGUGUUGUUUGCUGCAAGCAUGCGUGCUUUUAAAAAGUGUGCAAAAAGUCUGCAUUAAAUUAUAAAACUUGGUCAUCAGAAUAUUUUUUCAUUAAAAUGACGCAAACCA